GCGUCAUCAUUGUUCCAAGUGUCUUAUAUUUUUCUAAGCAAUUUUAUAAUUAAUCAUACUUUGAUUAGUGUUUUGUAUUCAAAUAUUUACAAACUUUGUUAUUUAAUUGUUGAAGUGACUGACAGCGUUUGGUGUCUGAUAAUGGAUUCCCAACAGUUUCGAGAAUUCGGCAAAGCCGCUAUUGAUUUAGUGGCUGACUAUCUGGAUAACAUAAGAAAUAGAGAUGUCCUCCCAUCGGUGGAACCUGGAUAUUUACUUAAAGCUCUUCCAGAAGAUGCACCAGAACAGCCAGAAGAAUGGUCUGAUGUGCUUAAGGACUUCAAUGAAACUAUUAUGCCUGGUGUAACGCAUUGGCAUUCUCCAAGAUUUCAUGCCUUCUACCCUACUGGUUCAUCAUAUGCAAGUAUUGUGGGCAACAUACUUUCCGACGGUUUAGGUGUUAUAGGAUUCAGCUGGAUGUCAGGUCCAGCGUGCACCGAGUUGGAAGUAGUGACACUAAAUUGGCUUGGAAAGUUACUGGGACUUCCUGAAGAGUUUCUGAACUGUUCUCCAGGCUCUGGUGGAGGUGUUAUUCAAGGUUCUGCAAGUGAAGCUACAUUAGUAGGAUUACUUGCUGCGAAGGAAAAAACAGUUCGAAGACUGAUGAAAGUCAAUCCCAGCAUGGAUGAAGAUGAAAUUAAAUCUCGACUUGUAGCUUAUACAUCAGAUCAAUGCAACUCUUCAGUUGAAAAAGCAGGAUUAUUGGGCUCAAUGAAAAUGAGAUUAUUAAAAUCUGACCCAGAUGGCAGGUUACGAGGAGAAACAUUGAAAAAUGCGUUUGAUGAAGAUUGUGCUCAAGGUCUAAUUCCAUGCUACGUGAUUGCAAAUCUAGGCACCACUGGAACAUGCGCUUUUGAUCCAUUGUAUGAAUUAGGCCCAAUUUGUAAUGAACAAAAUGUUUGGCUUCAUGUAGAUGCUGCAUAUGCUGGCGCUGCCUUUAUCUGUCCAGAAUACAGGCACUUAAUGAAGGGUGUUGAAUUUGCUGAUUCCUUUGAUGUUAAUGCUCACAAGUGGCUAUGUGUAAAUUUUGACCUUUCUGCUAUGUGGGUGAAAAACGCUAACGAUUUAAUAAACACAUUUGAUGUGCAACGUAUCUACUUAUCGGAUAUAAAAACGGAUACAAAGAUUCCUGACUAUAGGCAUUGGCAAAUUCCAUUAGGUAGAAGAUUCAGAUCACUAAAAUUAUGGACUGUUAUGAGAAUAUAUGGUGCGGAAAGACUCAGAGAACAUAUUCGAGGCCAAAUUAGUCUUGCUCAGCAUUUCGCGAAAUUAGUACAAUCUGAUGAGAGAUUUUUAGUAGAACCAGAACCAGCUAUGGGAUUAGUGUGUUUUAGAUUAAAAGCUGGAGAUAAUAUUACAAAGAGAUUAUUGGAAAAUGUGACUGAGAGGAAAGAGAUCUUUAUGGUAGCUGCUACAUACAGGGGUAGAUAUAUCAUUCGUUUCGUAAUUUGUUCCCGACUCACAACUAUAGAUGAUGUAACUUACAGUUGGAACAAAAUUAAACAAGAGGCCGAUCUUAUAUGUUCUGAAAACAUACACGUUAAAGCUAAAAUGCCUGCUCUUAAUCGUAUAGAUACUGUGAACAAUUGUGAAAAAUCUAAGUAAACGGUCGAGUAAGUCACUUAAAAAUUUAUAUAAGUAUAAAAUACAGCUUCAUUAAUUGUGGUUUUAAAAACAUACUAGCAAUCAAUAUAUUACCUACUGAACUACUUUUUAUAGUCAUAUUCAUUAGUAAGUAUUAUUAUAUAUAGCAAUUGUAAAUAAAUUGAGAAAGGCGGAAUUGAUAAGUGAGGUGCCUAGGUGGGAAGUAUCUCAAGGCUUACAACACACCUAAUGGACCAUUACAAAAUAAGUACAUUAUUUUUAAGUAAAAGUGAAUAAUAAAACAUUAUGUCGUAUAUCAUUUUAGCACUAAACUACUUUGAGCUAAUGAAAUAAAAACAUAAUUUUAUGUAUUUGAAAGUUGUUAUUAUUUAUAAUAAUUUUUCUAACUAUCUUAUCUCACACCUAAGUUUCUAAAAUUAAGAACACACUUUGUUUCCUUCAUCUCGAAAAAUCACAUAAUGAAAUAAAGAUUCAUAGGUACUGAAAAUAUUUUUAUUCUUUACAUAUAACACCGGUUUUGUUAAAAAUAAGAUAUUUAUAAAUAUGUCAUUUGUUUGAAUUGACUAAGGGCCAACAGUUGUUAUAUAAAUAAGUAUCUGUAAGUAUUAAUAACUGGAAUUAUUAGACGCAGCUGCAGGUUUUGCUAA